AUGACAGCAAAGACCAUGAAGGCAGUCGUCUUUGACGGCCCGCACAAGAUUUCUGUGCAGGAUCGACCGGUACCGCAGCUGCAGGCCGACAACGACGUCAUCGUCAAAGUCCAAGCCACCGCCCUGUGCGGAUCCGAACUGCAUGUCUUCCGCGGUCUCGAGAAGGCCACGCCCGGCUUCAUCAUGGGCCACGAGUUUGUCGGCACUGUCGUCGAGGCCGGCUCGGCCGUCAAGACGGUCCAGGUCGGCGACAAGGUCGUCUCGCCCUUUACGACGUCCUGCUUGGAGUGCUUCUACUGCCAGCACGGCUUCUCGUCACGCUGUGAGCACUCCGUCCUGUUCGGCUGUCUGCGACUGGACGGCGGACAGGCCGAAUAUGUCCGCGUUCCCUGGGCCGAUGGAACUUUGCUGCGGGCACCGGCCGAGGUGGACGACCGGACGCUCGUCCUGAUGGCCGACAUCUUCCCGACCGGCUUCUUCGGCGCCCGCAGCGUGUUCCAGCUGCUGGCGCCCAACGUCGCGCCAGCCGAGGCCGUCGUCGUCGUCGUUGGCUGUGGGCCCGUCGGCCUCUGCGCCGUCAUUGCCGCCCUCGAGCACAAGCCUCGACACGUCUUCGCCGUCGACAGCGUUGACAGCCGUCUCGCGCUGGCCCACCAGCUUGGCGCUGAGCCCCUCAACUUUGCCACCGACCGUGACGGCAUGGUUCGCCGCGUGCUCGAGGUGUCCGGUGGCCGUGGUGCCGACGCCGUCAUCGAGGUCGUCGGCCUUAGUCCGGCUCUGCGCACGGCCUACGACCUGAUCCGCCCCUUUGGCGCCAUCAGCUCCAUCGGCGUCCACAAUGCAGAGGCAGGUCCCGUGACAGAUGUCCCAUGGUCGGCAACUGAUGGAUACGACAAGAACGUGCGUUUCCAGCAGGGACGCUGCCCGGUGCGCUCCAUCUUCCCGGACGCGCUAGAGGUGCUGGCAAAAAACCAGGAGAAAUUCGGGUUCAUGUUCGACAAGAUUAUGCCGCUGACAAGCGCUGUGGAGGGAUAUGAUCUGUUCGACAACAUGAAGGUGCAGAAGGUCGUCUUCACGCCGUGA